AGCUCAUAUCCGAUUUUGUAGCCCAAAACUUUUUACAAAAACCAGACAUGAACCCAUUUUUAAAACCCUUCUUCAUCGCGGCCAUCACCAGUCAUCACCGUCCUGUCUUAAACCCUAAACCCACCCCAAAAUCUGAACAAAAUCAUCAGCCAUGAAGAAAAAGCCAACCCCAAGUAACCCAGAAGACGAUGACGGGAACCCAAGCGAAAUCGAAAUCGAAAACGAAACCCCUUUGAAAGAUGGUGCCGAUAUUUGCCAGCAACUUAUGGACCGUUAUUCAAAAUCAUCCGCGCCACAGCACCGCCACCUCCUCGCCACGGCCGCCGCCAUGCGUUCCGUCCUCUCCGCCGAGUCCCUCCCUCUCUCUCCCCCUGCUUACUUCGCUGCUGCCAUUUCCGCACUCGAUGAUGAUUCAGCGACCGCCUUGGAUUCCACCGCAAUCGGUGCGCUUCUUACGUUCUUGUCGAUCGUGGUUUUGGUAGUACCAAAAGGAGGGAUUGCGAAUGGGAAGGCGAAGGAGGCGGUGGAGGUUGUGGUGAAGGUGGUGAGGAAGGAGGGUCUGGGAGUGGCGAGUUUGAGAAGUGGGGUGAAGUGUUUGGGAGUGUUGGUUGUUGGGUUUUUUGAUUUGGAGGAUUCGGAUUCGGUUUGUUUUGGUUUGGAGACGUUGCUUGGGUUCGCCAUUGAUAAACGACCCAAGGUCCGGAGAUGUGCUCAAGAAUAUCUUGAGAAGGUUUUUAAGUCUUUCCAGUCCUCUAUUGUUAUCAAGGAAGCAAGUAAAUUGGUACUUUCCGUGCUUAAAAAGCAUAUGCCUGUUGCACUUACCUUAAGUACCAUAAAGAGUGGAGAUGAUUCUAAGGACGAAAAAUUGUCAAAACGUGAACAUUUGGAGGUCCUUCAUAUGUUAAAUGUGCUGAAGCUUACAUUUCCAUAUCUCUCUGCCAAAAUACGUUUAAAAAUUCUAUCUGAACUAUGUAAGCUUAUUAGUUCUGAGUUCUCUACACUAACACGAAACGUUCAUAAAACUAUUGAAGUCUUUUUUGAAAAUUCAAAUGUUGAAUCGAUUAUAUCAGAGAUGGAGAACAUUAUAGUUUCUCUUGCUUCUUAUGUCUCUGGAGAGAAGAAUCCUGUUGACACUCUCAUACCUGCAUCAACUUUGUUAAAAUGUGCUGUAGACAAACUCCAUGCUGUAGAAUCAAACUCGUGGAUGAAGAAUGUUCCUUUAGUUUGUGGUUCUUUAGCAGUUCUAUUGACUUUUGAGGCUAGCAUGGCAUCACAGGCAUCAAUUAUUAUGAAGAAUUUGAUUAGCCACCAUAUAGAUCUGAAGUCUUUUUCAGCUGACAACGAUGGUCUUGGAAGUGAGGAAGCAGAUGCUAUAAAAUCUCUAUGUGCAAUCUUUGAGAAUACCCUAAGUUCAAGUGAUGGAAUUCCAAAUGAGCAUGUUCUGGCUGUCUUGUCUGUUUUGUUUCAAAAACUUGGAGAAUUGUCAUAUAUAUUUAUGAAGGGCAUUGUGCAUAAACUUGCUGACUUGAUGACUCUUGCUAGUGGGGACAAGCCUAACAUGAAUCAUCUUCGGAAUUGUAUAGGAUCAGCAGUUACUGUUAUUGGACCAGAGAGGAUACUGACUCUUUUGCCUAUAAGCCUUCAUGCCGAUGACUUAAUUUAUUCAAACAUCUGGUUGGUACCCAUAUUGAAAGACUAUGUAGUUGGAGCAUCUCUCAGGUAUUAUAUGGAGCAUAUAGUGCCACUUGCAAAAUCCUUUCAGCAAGCAAGUAGUAAAGUACAAAAGCCUGUAAUGCGUCAAGAUUUGCUGGCUCAUGCUCAUACCCUCUGGGGAUUACUACCUGCCUUUUGUCGCUAUCCUAUUGAUAUGCACAAGAAGAUCAAAGUUUUGACCGAACUUUUGAUUGAUAUUCUUAAGGAGGACUCUCUUAUGCAUGAAACUAUUGCUGUCGCCUUACAGAUUCUUGUUAAUCAAAACAAAAGUAUACUUAGAUCUGGAAAGAAUGCUGGUGAGUCCAACAACUUCGUAGUGAGAGAUUCUAUAUUAGAGAUCAGAUGUCCAGCCUCUUAUUCAAAGAAAACUGCUACCAGGAACAUCAAGGCUUUGUCAUCAUGUGCUCCUGAGAUGCUUCAGGCUCUGAUUGAUGUGUUUGUUUGUUCACUUCCAGCAAAGCGCUUAUAUCUUAAGGAUGCCAUUGGAUGCUUGGCUUCUAUCACAGACUCUUCUAUUAACAAAAGGAUUUUUGUGUCAUUGGUUAAGAAGCUGCAGUUUGUUGAUGGUGAAGGUGAAUUUGAAAAGCAGGCUGGUAAUGCCAAUGAGAUCAUGGAAAAAGAACAAGGCAAUCUUAAUACUAUGGGGAAAGAUGCAAGCAGGUGUGUUAUAAUAGAGUUGGCAUCUUCUCUUAUUGCAGGAGCUGGGGAGGAUCUCAUUGAUUUUAUCUAUGUCUUUGUAAAGCAAACUUUUCAGGAAAUCAAUGAGAUUGGUCAUUGUGAAGCCUAUUAUGCUUUGAGCAGAAUUUUAGAGGAACAUGCUUGGUUUUGUUCAUCCAAAUUGGUGGAGUUGAUUGAUCUAUUACUUGGACUAAAAUCUCCUGCCGAUAUUGCAUCUCUUAGAAGCCGCUUUGAUUGUUUCAACGUGCUAAUGGUUCACACCUUGAAGAUGAGCUCAUUGGAAGAAAAUACAAAGCCUUUUCUUAUUCUCAAUGAGAUUAUAGUCACAUUAAAGGAUGGGAAGGAAGAACCUAGGAAAGCAGCUUAUGAUAUACUUCUAAAGAUGAGUUCUACCUUAAGAAACUUGUCAGAUGUCAGAUCUGAUCCACCCUAUCACAAACUGAUUAGCAUGAUAAUGGGAUAUCUUUCUGGUUCCUCUCCUCACAUUAAGAGUGGAGCAAUAGCUGCACUAUCUGUUCUUGUAUAUAAUGAUCCUGAGAUCUGUAUUUCAGUUCCUGAUCUUGUUUCCUCCAUUUUAUCCUUGCUGCAAACCAAAGCCGUGGAAGUUAUAAAAGCUGUUUUGGGUUUUGUAAAAGUCUUGGUAUCCUCCUUGCAAGCUAAAGACCUGCAGAAUUUUCUUUCCGACAUCAUCAAUGGAAUUCUACAGUGGUCAUCUAUCUCGAGAAAUCAUUUCAGAUCAAAGGUCACUAUAAUAUUGGAAAUUGUGACAAGGAAGUGUGGUAUUGCUGCUGUUCAAUUGGUUACUCCAGAAAAGCACAGGGGUUUUCUGAAUACCGUUAUAGAGAACCGACGUAGCAAAACGACUUCCAAAGAAGCCGACAUUAAUGAUGCAGAAAAAGUACUUGCAGAUUCAUUAAAUGAGGGGUCUCAGAACACAGAAAACAGAAAGAGAUUUGGUACUUUUAAGCAGAAAAAUGACUUGGUAGAACACAGAAAGAGAAAGAGGGACAAAAGAGAUGGUGGCAAGCUUCCUGAUUCAAGUGAACCUGGUAUGAAACUGGCCAAAAGAGAUAAGCACUUCGAAAAAUCAAUAAAGGGUCAUUCAGAUGGAAAUGUUAAAAAGAACAAGAAGAAUUUCAACAAAGGGUUUGCCAGAGGUCAGAAGAGAAAGAUAGAUCAGUCGACUAUGAGCAAAAAGGAAAAGGCAGUAGAUGGUAAACGUUCUUUCAAAGCACGAAGACCGAAGAAGUUGCGAGGUAAAUAACACAACCAAUGAGUGAAAUAUACAAUCAGAAUAGCAAGUUAUUCAAAAUUUCACAUUCACAUUGGCCAUUGGGGCAUGAGGGUCUCAAGUACAAACCCAGAUAAACCAAUCUAUGAAUCAAAACAUAAAACUGAAUCAAAUUUACAUACAUAGAAACUUGAAUUUAGAACAUUGAGAUUUUAUGGCUCUCUUUACCAUUAAGCUCAGGGUUAUCAAUUUCUUAGUGCAUAAUGGUUAUGCAGUCAUUGAGUAUCACAAUUAAAUGAUUGACAAUUGCAAUUUGUAAAAGUUGUUUUUAGGA